CACUUCCUGUUUGCUUCAUUCGGGAAGUGGAAAGUUGUGGUCUGCUGCCGCUUCUCUAUUCUGUCAAGAUGCAGCGCAGCAUCGGCGCUCCUUUCAGAGCCACUGCGAACCUGCAGUAAUCAUGGGACGCUGCACGGUUAGCUGAGGUAUCCACAGGCACACCAGCGGCUCACAACGCAGCCAUGGGGAAUGCGGAGGGAGGUGCGGCAAAGGCGGAUAGCGGAGGUGGCGCGGCCGAGACGACCCCCCUGUGUGAAGCAGAGCAAUCUGACACGUCUCACGAAUCUCCCCAUCCCAAAAAGAAAAUGGCGUCCUGUUUGUGCUGGAAGACUAUCCCCCUCCCAAUCUUGCCGAGCCCAUCUUCAAGACAGGGGAGAAGCUACAAGUUCUGUCAGAGUAAGAGUGGAGAUUUCACAGCUCCCUGUGGCUACUCUGGGCUCUGAGCUCGUUAACCUGGAUUUCCACUCUGUCGCUUCUAGGCAAGACGGCUGGUUGCAGGUUCGUUGCCUAGAGAAGGAAGACUAUAUUCCAAAACACCACACCGGAAACAUCUACAGGGGGUGGCUCUUCGAGGGCGUGAGCAGACACAAAGCAGAAGAGCUGCUGGAGCUCCCAGGACACAGACCCGGCUCAUUUAUGAUCAGGAAGAGCUUAAGCAACAUAGGGAUGUAUUCACUAUCAGUUUGGAAUAAUUCAGUGAAACAUUACCGCAUCUUCUGCCAGCCCAAUAACAGCUACUACAUUUUCCCUCGUGUGUCCUUCCACUGCCUGGAUGACUUAGUCGAUCACUAUUCUGAAUCAGCAGAGGGUCUGUGCUGUACUCUCACCACUCCAUGUCUGGCCUCAAGCAGCAAGAGAGUCGAUCUGUCCAGCCAGGCUCCCCCGGUGGUGAUGCGGUGCAAGUUUGACUGGAAGAACCUUGACGGGUCAGGGUUCAACAGCAGGAGCCUACUGCUCUCUCCGGAAAACAGAGACUCGGCGCUAAGCUUUGGGUUGAGAAGCAGCAUCGCCACCUACGUUUCCCUGACAGGCCAGAACGGCACAAGCAAGAAAGCCAGCCAUAAAGCCAAGGGAGGGCACCACCUAAAGGAGGAUGAGCUCAUCGCCCUGACAGGCCAGGAGGACGCCUACCAGCAGCCUUGUUAGACACACUGCUGGGUCCUUACGUACCUCAGCUGACGUCUGUCCCUGUCUGUAAACAACUCGUAGUUUUUGGUACGGGAAAGAAAUUGACCGCAUUGCAAAUUCAUUGUCCGGUCAAAGCAGCUUUUUGAAAGUUAUUUUUAGUUAUUUUUCACGUAAAAAAAAAAAAACGAAAAGCCAUAAAUCAUGUAAACACAACGUCCAAACUGUAAAUAAUAUAUAUAUAUUUAUAAAAUCGGCAUGUCAAAAAAACGAAAAUAAACCAAACAAUUAUAAUUAAAA